AAUGAACUCUAACCAAUAAUUUUCUCCUUUUGUGUCAUUUUUGAAAACCAUCCUGUCUGUGGCUGCUAAGUGGUCAACCAUUCAGAACAUCUGACAUCACAUGACUGAGACUGGCUUCUUUUUCUUUUAUUCUUUUUAAAUAACCAGCUUUGGUGGAGUCAAGAGGGGCUUCACUUUAUUGACAUCAGUGAAUGCAAGCACUCCCCGGUAGUCACUGACCUGCCUCCCAUCCUGAUGUGGCAGGCACAGUGCUCAGCAGAGAAGCGUGUGUGGCAUCCCUGGGCAUCCCCUGUCUGCCUUCUCCCACCCCAUGUUGGAAUCUAUGUGGAGUUAGAUUUGGGCCUUACUGAAUCUCCCCACCCCAGGACCCAAUACCAAGGGACAGGUUGCCACAAGCUCCUUAGAACACAGCCAAGGGACAAGGCUUGAUUUCCCAGUUCUUGCCUUUGCCCUCAAUCGCAUGCAAUUCCUCAUCCCGACUCAUAGUUAAGGGGACUGCUGCGGGUGGGGUGGCUAUCCAGUCACGGCCUCCUUCUGCAACCAUCCUGUCCCUUCUGUGAAGCUCAUGCCCAAGGGGACAUUGAUGUAUUCCCACUAAUGCACCCUCAACAAACUCCCCCCAGGUCCUUGUCACUCUGUCACUGUAUAGCAGAGAGCCGGUCCCUCUCGAACUCAGAUGGUUGUUCAGAGACUACAGAAGAUGACUAAUUCCUUACCUGUGUCACAGUAGAGGGCAGCGAUGGGACCACUUAGCUGUGAUCGUGAAGGCAUGGGCCUCUUACUCUAGGGACCUGCUAAAAGAUACACUUGGGUGAAACCAGCCAUCUGAUAAAACAACAAGCAAUUCAGGGGGACCCCAGGCCACCAUGGAGGAGACAAUAUCUCCAGGUGGGUUGCACACUGUAAGGCAGCGCCUGAGCCCAGCCACCUGGCUCAUUGCUCAGUGCCUCAGUCAGUCAGUCAGCCGCAUAGCUGUCCCCUCGCUGGCUCCCGAGUGUGGAGGCCAGGCCGGGCUGGCGCACAAUAGGACGAUCCUUGCCAUCCUCAGUCCUCACGCUGUCUAAUUCUCUGGCACCACCCCAGACUGUGGGCCUCACUUGACCACAACAUGUGCAGCUCGGGGACAAUCAAGCUAAAGAGUUCUGAGACAAUUGUCCCUGUCUGAAUCCUCUCACGGUGCCAUCCCACUCGGGGACAAAACACACACGAGGCGCUGAAGGAGCAGCGGACUUCAGACAAAGAGCUUUUUCACCACGCCCGCCUGCUCCUGUGUCAGCCUGGGGUCUGUGGAGAAGCAGCAAUGGCAGAAGGGUCAUCUGAAGAGACCCUUAGAUGUGAUCUCCUCACCCAAGUUCACAUGUACAAAUGCUGGCUGCCACAGGAAGGUGGGCUCUGAGGAUGACGGUACCCACCACAACGUUCUCAGAUUUCCUGAACUAAAGGCUCCCAGGGCAUGUCUUCCCUGCAGAUAGCAUUCCUGUCAGACCUUUUAGGGAUGUGUCUAGGCUGAGGCAUCAGCAGCCUCCUAGCUGCAUCAUGCUUCUGCCCCACAGAUGAUGGGAAUCCUUGUCGGAAUUUGAGAAAACAGCAUCCAGCACAUUAUAAUUGAUGAUGGAGGAGGGGGUGGGCUCUCACACCAGCUUGGGGAGAAUGCACGCCCAGGUGCCCAGGGGAAGCAGAUGACACCCUGCCCAUCACACUUCGUUGUAUGUAGAGAUCUGGAAAAGCAGAUGAGGACCUGAGCAAAGAUGAAGGUUUGAACUGUAAGACAAUGGAUUGAAAGCAGGUACACCAACCAGUUUCACGUCAACUUGACACAAGCUGGAGUCAUCAGAGAGGAGGGAGCCUCCGUUGAGAAAAUGCCUCCCUGAGAUCAUUUUCAUAAUUGGUGAUUGAUAAGGGAGGGACCAGCCCGUGGUGGAAGGAACACCCCUCUGUGGCCUCUGCAUCAGCUCCUGCCUCCAGGUUCCUGCCCUGUUUGAGUUCCUGCCCUGACUCCCGUUAAUGACGAACAGCGAUGUGGAAGUGUAAGCCAAAUGUAGCUCCUCAGACCAUGGCCGCGGACCUCCACACUUACCACAAGGGCUUGCAUCUGCCUCUCCUGAGCAGCCGCCUAGCACAAAGCCCUCACCAGCAGGAUGUCCCUGAUCUUGAGAGACCAUUUAAAAGAGCCAAAAGAAAGAAACACAGGGACAGUCGUGCCCAGAUGGAGGACACGGAGAAGGCAGCGCAGCAGAUCUCGCCGGAACAGCCACAGCCCGAAGCCCCGCCAGCAUUCCCGCCCAAGGCCUCAACUCGGUACCCUACAAGGUCCAACACCUACCUGAUUAUAGGGCUGCAGGAUGAGCUGACUAAACAUGGAAUCCUGAAGAAUUUGAGUGACUAUGAAGACUUCUGGAAGCUGGUUCGGGAGGAAGCUCUUGGAGUGGACAUGAAAGAAAAGCUUCAGAAGAUAAAAUUUAAGUUGAUGAACCCCAGGCCCUGGCCACCAGCUGCUUCUAGGAGAAAAGAAACUGAGAUGCGGGUCAACACUGAUCCAGACAGUGGGGCAUGCCCGGGGGUACAGAGCCUUCUCUCUCGACUUACGGAAUGGAGGAAAAGGUGCCAGCAGCGUGAAUCGGCCCCGAGACUGCCCCAAGGACAGGGGGAGAGCAAGAAGAUUAUGGGUAAGACAAAGACCGAUUCCCGGAGCAAAAUAUACCUUAGCUGUUUGUACCAGAUGUAUUCCACCUCCCUUGCUAACAUGGAAUUCUCCAGAAGACUGCUGGAGAGAGACGGCCGCUUUGCCGACGCGCACGCUGAGCACAGGGCUGGAAGCCUGCUGGAUUUCAUGGUCCCAAGUAGGCACACGCAGGCAGACGCUCCACCCAAAGAGACGGGGAUGGAGGACCCCCUGGUCCCUGGCCAGCGGCUUCAAGCACCACCUGCACUCCGAUUUCUCAAGUGCCGGAGCCCAGAAAGUCCACAGAGAAGUUCCCGCUUGAGGACAGGAAGACACCAAGUGACCCUGUGUGGCAGGAGCAAGCUUUCAGAUCACGUGAGGGGCAAGCUUGCUCCUGCCGGGAUGCCCACAGACCCCAGGCUUACAGCACCCCUGACCCUGGAACACGUGAUCCAGACCCAUCCUGUGCUGGAGGCUAAGACAGCAUGUCGAUACUGGGUGAACUAUGUGGAUGAAGAAUAAGAUUUUUAUAUGGUUACUAGAUGAAAAAAUCCAAACAGGAAAUGACAGCUUUCUUUUCCUUUGGUUCAACAUUAUGAUAAGCAGUGAGGUUGACAUCCAGUAAAGAUGUGCGUACCUGAUAUGAGA